AUGGCCCGGGGCGAGGCCCCCCAGCUCCGCCUGAGCCUGGCCCCGCCACCCGGCCCCGGGCCCGGGGAUGCCCCCCAGCCCGAGCUGGUGGCGCUCACGGCAGUGCAGAGUGAGCGGGGCGAGGCGGGGGCGGGCUCCCCGCGCCGCCUGGGGCUCCUGGGCAGCCCCCUGCCUCCGCAGCCGGGGCCCGGCUCCGGCUCCGGCUCCGCCUCGGGCUGCGGCCAGCGCUCCACCGCUGCCCAAAAGCGCUAUCGCCGUCUGCAGAACUGGGUCUACAACGUGCUCGAGCGACCCCGUGGCUGGGCCUUCACCUACCACGUCUUCAUAUUCUUGCUGGUCUUUAGCUGCCUGGUAUUGUCAGUGCUGUCCACCAUUCAGGAGCACCAGGAGCUUGCCAAUGAAUGUCUACUCAUUUUGGAGUUUGUGAUGAUUGUGGUAUUCGGUAUGGAGUACAUCAUUCGCGUCUGGUCUGCCGGCUGCUGCUGCCGCUACAGAGGCUGGCAGGGGCGCUUCCGAUUCGCCCGGAAACCAUUCUGUGUCAUCGACUUCAUCGUGUUUGUGGCCUCGUUGGCCGUCAUCGCGGCUGGUACCCAGGGGAACAUCUUUGCCACGUCUGCCCUGCGGAGCAUGCGCUUCCUGCAGAUUCUGCGCAUGGUGCGCAUGGACCGCCGUGGAGGCACCUGGAAGCUGCUGGGCUCCGUGGUCUAUGCCCAUAGCAAGGAGCUGAUCACUGCCUGGUACAUUGGUUUCCUGGUCCUCAUCUUCGCCUCCUUCCUUGUCUAUCUGGCGGAGAAGGAUGCCAACUCUGACUUCUCCUCCUAUGCUGAUUCACUAUGGUGGGGCACGAUCACACUGACUACCAUCGGCUAUGGGGACAAGACCCCUCAUACGUGGUUAGGCCGGGUCCUGGCAGCCGGCUUUGCCUUACUGGGUAUCUCCUUCUUCGCCCUGCCUGCUGGCAUCUUGGGCUCCGGCUUUGCUCUAAAGGUUCAGGAACAGCAUCGCCAGAAGCACUUUGAGAAGCGCAGGAUGCCAGCAGCCAACCUCAUCCAGGCUGCAUGGCGCCUCUACUCCACUGACACAAGCCGAGCCUACCUGACAGCCACCUGGUACUACUACGACAGCAUCCUCCCAUCCUUCAGAGAACUGGUAAUAUUAUUUGAGCACGUGCGGCGGGCCCGUAACGGGGGCCUGUGGCCCGUGGAGGUGCGGAGGCCGCCCGCACCCACUGGAGCGCCCACCCGAUAUCAGACUUUCGCCACCUGCCACCGGCCGGGCAGCGCCUCCUAUUGCCCUGGCGAAAGCACUAAGAUGGGCAUCAAGGACCGUAUCCGAAUGAACAGUGCUCAGCGCCAGUGUGGAAGAACUAAGCAGCACCUGGCCCCCCCAUCCCGAACCUCCCCGGGAAGUGAGAGUGAGAAUGUGAGUGUGGGAGAGCCCACCAGCCCCACAAAGGUCCAGAAGAGCUGGAGCUUCAAUGACCGGACCCGUUUCCGGGCAUCGCUGAGGCUCAAGACCCGGGCAUCGGCAGAGGAGGGCCCCUCUGAAGAUGUGACGGAGGAGAAGGGUUACCAGUGUGAGCUCACCGUGGACGAUGUCAUACCUGCCAUCAAGACGGUGAUCCGGUCUGUCCGGAUCCUGAAAUUCCUUGUAGCCAAGAGGAAGUUCAAGGAAACUCUCAGGCCCUAUGAUGUGAAGGAUGUUAUUGAACAGUACUCAGCCGGCCACCUCGACAUGCUGGGCAGGAUCAAGAGUCUGCAGACCCGUGUGGACCAGAUCGUGGGCCGGGGCAGUGGGGAUCGUGGAGACCGGAAGUCCCGCGAGAAGGUAGAAAAGGCUCCCUCGGAUUCUGGAGAAGCCGGGGACGAGAUCAGCAUGCUGGGCCGCGUGGUUAAGGUGGAGAAGCAGGUGCAGUCCAUCGAACACAAGCUGGACUUGCUGCUGGGUUUCUACUCCCGGUGCCUGCGGGCGGGAGCGGCGUCAUCUGCCAGCCUGGGCACCGUGCAGGUGCCCCUCUUCGACCCGGACAUCACGUCGGACUACCACAGCCCCGCGGACGCCGAGGACAUCUCUGUGUCCGCGCAGACGCUCAGCAUCUCUCGAUCGGCCAGCGCCAACAUGGACUGAGGGAGGCUCCCCACGACCCAGGGAUGGCACCUGGACUGGCACCCGGCCUGGCACGGGCCCAAUGGCCCCAGGCUCACCUGCCUGUCUGCCUGCCUACCCUCCCACCAUCCGAUCUUACUUGAACAGGCCUUCCUUCCUGAGACUCUCCUAGCACGGAACUACUGAGCUGCCAGGAUGGGGGAGGCCCCCACAGCAGGCAUCUCGUGGGCCCCAGGUGCCCCAGGCUGGGCAACCUCCCUCAACCUUCGUUCCCCAACUCCAGAUGCCGGGCCCACCUCCGGUCCCAUAGCCAGGCAGAUGGGCCCUGCCAGCUUUGCCAAGGGGGCCCUUGAGACAAUGGAGGGCCAUCCCAAAGCCUGUGACUCUAGUGCCCGCAGGGGAGCUGAGGGGCGAGCCCUUCCCCCCUUCCCCUCCCAACAGCCACGUGGCACCACAGGCUCCCCAGACGCCUAGGUCCCAGAGCCAGGAUCGCUCUAACAGCUAUGCAAGAUUGAUUCUCUCUCACACCCCUCCCCGGAGGGCAAGUUCUGGGGAAGGCCCCAGCACUGUCAGGAAUGCUGACACCCUUUCCCACUCCCCCGGGUCCUCUGCAGGUCCCACCUCAAAGCACAGUGAUCCCACCCCAGCGGGUGGGCACCAUAUAUGCAAUCCACAUUAAAUAUGCAACUUUUGGGGCUGGACAGGGUCCCUUGGGGGCCACACUCCCAGCCCAAGCUGGUCUCAGGCUGCCUCCCCGAGCUCUGUCCAGCCCCACCGGGCUGGGGCCUGGGGUGCUUGCUAGCAUGGCCAGGGCCUCUUUUCCCCACUGGGGCACAAGGAUGGUUGGGGGCCUUAUGGGCUGAGCCCCAGUCCUUCACCUCUCUUCCAGGACCCUCUUCAAGGGCAGUCAGCUCCCCAGUUGUCAGGGGAAGAGCAGCCCCUCCCCAAACAAAAACAAAAACACACAUUGAUUCCUUUCCCAUCCACGGUUUCUUCCAGGAGCCCCAGUGAUGGACAAUUUGAAAAUGUGGUUGUUUGCUGUCCCAGGGAAGUACCUCCUUGAGCCCCUAAGGGGGCGGGGAGGGCGCAAACUGAAUGGAACCUACCUGAUCCGCAGUACCCUUACAGCUGGUCCCCAUUUGGCAGGUUUGAAGACAAGCUGUCUCCUUUCUGACCAGGAUAUUAUUUUCUUAAGAAACUGUUUCUGCUAGUAUCCUCUGUGCCCCUAACCCCAGAGCAAAGCGGGGCAGCUUGGCCCAAGGACCCCGGCAAGAGGGUGGGCAGCUCAGAGGGAGCAGCCUCAAGCCCCAACCCAGAGAGUGGCUCACCGCACACACUCCCACUCUGAAUGCAAGAAAGCUCCCCCAGGAUCUGCCCUCCAGCUGCUACCGCUUCCCUGGCAUGUGCCCAUUCUCUGGCCCCAGAGCCUUCUUGGAAACAUAACUUCAUAGAUCUCCCCCAUCACACAGAUGUGCCCUACAGAAGGGUGAGGGGAUGAAGGGAGACAGGGUCCCCCUCCCUCCCCAAGGAGGGCAGCGCCUGGUGCCUGCCCUGUGCCAGGGAAGGACUUUGCAUCUCACACCCAGGGGCCCUGCAUGCACCCCUGCUUGGGCUGGGGGGGACAUGGCUUCCCUCCCUUGCUGCACUCUCCCUCCCACCUCCGCAUGCCCUCUGCAUGUGGUGCUAUCUUCGCACCAGGAGCCUGCCCACCUCCGGCCCUUCUGUGCCCUUCUCUGCACUGACCCCAAGAAUUCUCCUUUGACCCAGAGAUGGAACUGAGGCUGAGACCCUCUGACCAAAUGAAAGCCCAGACUAGUCCCCCCUCCCCAUUCCCCACCGCGAUCGAGGUUCCCCCACCAACCUAGUUCUCGGACAUGCAAGUACCUCACUUUGUUAACUUCAUUAACUUAUUGGUUUCAUUAAAGUUUUCAGUAGAAGGUG